AUGUCGUCCAAUGGUGUCGAGCAGGACGUCGCAGUCGAGCAACCAUCGAAGCGCAGCAACAGCUUCUCCAACCAGUCUAAUGACUCCCAGACUGCUGCUGAGUACAUCAACACUGCCCACUUUGAUCUCGGCACAGUCACUAACUCAUUAAGAUUUAUUCGCAAUCAAGAACUUCUCGAAGCCGAUGCGCGCGAGGCACUCCCAUUUAGCAUUGACAACUGCACCAGAAUAUUUGGACCUCUAAAGCAGAGUGUUUUUGCGUGCCUGACAUGCAACCCCGCGCCUGCCACCGACACCGACUCGUGGACUCCCGCAGGUGUCUGCUACUCCUGCUCCGUCCAGUGCCACGGCGAGCACACCCUCGUCGAAAUUUUUCAGAAGCGCAACUUCACCUGCGACUGCGGCACCAAGCGACUGCCCAUAUCAAGCCCGUGCAUGUUGCAGACCAACGAUGAGACGAAUACACGCGGCAAUGUCCACUCGCAGGAGCCCGACGUCAACAACAAGUAUAACAAAAACUUUCGCAACCGCUUCUGCGCAUGCGACUGCGAUUAUGAUCCCUUUGAGCAAAAGGGAACCAUGUUUCAGUGCUUGGGUCUCGGUACCGAGGAGAGCGGCGGAUGCGGUGAAGAUUGGUACCAUCCUGGCUGUUUGGUAGGCAUGGGCCCCAAGUGGUACGAAGCAAUGACGCCCAAGAAGAAGAGUGCCGAUAAGCACGCGGAAGGCAACGUCAACGGUCUUGCGGUGAUUUCAGAGGUCAACGAGGAUGAGAAACAGACGCAAACAGGGGAAGAGAAGGUUGAAGACAGCGCAGUGGGCGAGGAUGAGGAACCGCCCAUGCCUCCAGGCUUCCCCGAGGAAGUAGAAUUCGAUGGCUUCUUGUGCUACAAGUGUGUUGAGUCGAAUUCUUGGAUCAAAAGGUAUGCCGGCACGCCUGGCUUUCUCCCUGCUGUUCAUCUCGAGCCUGCAGCGGUAGAAGCACCCCAAACGUCCACCAGCAGCAAACGCAAAGCGGAGGAGGAGGACAAGGAACACGACGAUGCUAAACGCGUCAAAACCGAAGUCGAAGCCUCCGACGACCCAGCGCCAACUGCCGCCAGCGAGCCCGCGACAGCCACUACCCCCAGCACUUGCAAGCUGCCCAACCUCGGCGCAGCACCGCAGGGCCGUUUCUCGCUCUUCUUCAAGGAAGACUUUCGCGACAAAUUCUGUCGCUGCAGCGACUGCUUCGGCAAGCUCAAUGCAUUUCCACAGUUACUCGAGGAGGAGGAAGUCUACGAGCCGCCCCUAUCCGACCACGGCGGCGGGUCGCAGAACGGCGGCGGCGGCUCAACGGCAGGCAGCGGCAGCCUGCUGGAGCGCGGCGAGAGCGCGCUCCGCAACGUGGACCGCGUACGUGCCAUCGAGGGCGUCAUGGCGUACAACCACCUCAAGGAGCGCCUCAAGCCGUUCUUCCAGCAGUUCGCCGACAGCGGGCAGGCAAUUGGCGCCGAGGACAUCAAGGCCUACUUUGCCAAGUUGCGCGGCGACGAGCAGGCCAUCAAAGACGCGGGCGAGGGCGCAGCGGCGUCGGCGUCUGGGUCCGGACAGGAUGGCGGCGAUUCGCGUCGCGAGCAAGGGGGGUUCUGA